AUGUUAUUUAGAUAGAAGGAGAAGAUAUAAGAUGUAGGAAAACAUAAUUUUCGUGAUUUUUAUAGAAUGGAGCAUGAUGCCUAAACUAAAACAGUUAAAAUGAUGCCUAGUGUUUAGUCUAGUUUAUCAAGAUCAAUGAAGUAAUAUUAUACUUCAAUUUAAUUAGUUAACCUCUAAUAGAAGAGAACUAGAGUUCAUUAUCUGGAAGUAGUUGGGAUGCUAAGCACUUAGAUACCUUUCUAAAAUAGAGCAAAUACUCUAGUCUAUAAUAAACUUAAGAACUUGAUAACUAAGCAGUUUUUGUUGGAAGUGGUUAGAAUUAGAGUUUCUUUUUUCGUAGAUAACAACCUAGAAUUAUACCAGAAUAUAUUGAUUACUUGAACAUGAGCAAAAUUAAUCAUAUUGUUUCUGAUCAUCCUAUCAAUCAUUCAUAAGAAGUUAUAAAAAAAAGAUUACAAUUACCAGAAAAAAACUAUGAUGAACAAAAUCUUGCCUUAUCAUAAAUUAUAACACUUAAAAAACCAUCUGGUUAUUUAGCUGAACUUAAACAAACAUAAGAAUAACAAAAAAAGUAAAUUAAUCAUCAUAUUAAAGAUUUCAUUAAUGGAGAGAAGAAUUUAGUGAAGCCAAUAAAGCUUAUAGAAAAAUUAGAUAAGCUUAUAAGUAUGAGUAUUUUUAAUAUUAGAUCAGGAAUCAUUGGUAUUGAUAAUCCAACUAUUCUAAAUUCAGAAUUGUACAAAGAGGAACAUCAAAAAUAUCAAUAAAAACAAGAAAAUCGAAUUAUUCAUUCUAUUAAAAGAUAUUAAUGUAUUAAAAUAUUAUAUAUUGAGCUUUGGAAAAAUAUUCAAGUGCUAAUCCUAACAUUGAAUUUGAUAAUAGAAAAUAUGAUGAUUCUCUAAAUUAAAUAAAUCAAACUAGAAAAUUAGGUCAAUACCCUGUUUAAACCUUUGAAAUGGAUUCUAAAUGGAUGCACAAAAGAACCAUUAAUCCUUGCUAAAAUACAUAAUAAAGAUUAUUUGGUGCAGUAGAUAGAAUUAGUAGAGCAGCAUCUCUUAGAGCUGAAAAUAUCAAAAACCAAGAACUUAGAGGAAGAGAUUAUAAUUGCAUUUGUUUAACAAAGGUUUGA